UGUCAGAGACCAUGACGGGAUCCGCGUGCGGAGGAGGAUGAUGUUCCUGCAGGGACUCACCUGUGGAUGGACGCCGUCAGGAUGCCUUACCUGAACAGAACUCUGCUCCUCCUCUUAGCACUGCUCCUGUUCCUGCUGCUGGGUCAGAUCCGAACCGCGGAGGCGCGCAAACACGGACAGCGGGUGCGCAGAUGGACCGGACCCGAGGAGACCCACAAGCAUGGCGUCGCUUUGCCAAAGAAACCUCCAGAUGUGACCAAGUCCAGGAAAACCAAGACGGAGCAGCUUCUCAAAGUAGAUGAUCAUGACUUCACAAUGAGACCGGCAUUUGGAGGUCCUGCCCUCGCAGUUGGUGUGGACGUCCAGGUAGAGAGCUUAGACAGCAUCUCUGAAGUCGAUAUGGACUUCACCAUGACGCUGUACCUCAGACAUUAUUGGAAGGACGAGCGUCUGUCCUUCUCUAGUAGCACCAACAAGAGUAUGACCUUCGACGGGCGCCUGGUGAAGAAGAUCUGGGUCCCUGACGUCUUCUUCGUCCACUCUAAGAGGUCCUUCAUCCACGAUACGACAACAGACAACAUUAUGCUGCGUGUCUUUCCUGAUGGACAAGUCCUCUACAGUCUAAGAGUGACGGUUACAGCAGCCUGUAACAUGGACUUCAGCCGCUUUCCUCUGGAUUCUCAGACCUGCUCACUGGAGCUGGAGAGCUACGCUUACACAGACGAGGACCUGAUGCUGUACUGGAAGAACGGGGAUGAGUCCCUGAGCACCGACGACAGGAUCUCUUUGUCCCAGUUCCUUAUCCAGAAGUUCCACACCACAUCCCGUCUGGCCUUCUACAGCAGCACGGGCUGGUACAACCGUCUCUACAUCAACUUCACACUGCGACGCCACAUCUUCUUCUUCCUGCUGCAGACAUAUUUCCCUGCAACACUGAUGGUGAUGCUGUCCUGGGUCUCAUUCUGGAUCGACAGACGGGCUGUGCCAGCCAGAGUCUCCUUAGGUAUCACCACGGUUCUGACCAUGUCCACUAUCAUUACUGGAGUCAAUGCCUCCAUGCCGCGAGUGUCAUACAUUAAAGCGGUGGACAUCUACCUGUGGGUCAGCUUUGUUUUCGUCUUCCUAUCUGUGUUGGAAUAUGCUGCUGUCAACUACCUAUCCACCGUCCAGGAUCGCAGAGAGCGUAAAAGGAGAGAGAGGGCACGCUCCCAGUCGCUGCCCUGCACCUGCAGCAUCUCCCAAACACGCACCAUGACCAUGUUGGAUGGGACUUACAGCGAGGCCGACACCAACAGCCUAGCUGGCUACACCGAGGAGCCAAUGGGUCCUGAGGACGAGCCCGAGCCAGAGCCUGAGCCAGAGGAGAAGCCAAAGGUCCCAGAGAAGUCAGAGCAUAUGGUGGUCCACCUGUCCAUGAGCACCGAGCCUGCGGGCAUCAAGAAGAGGAAGAGUCUACGCGCCCUCAACAUCAUCCAGAAUACACAUGCCAUUGAUAAAUAUUCUCGGAUGAUUUUUCCUGGAUCAUAUAUUUUCUUCAACCUUAUCUACUGGUCUGUUUACUGCUGAUUGACAGCUGGGGAUCAGGGUGAGGCUGGCAAGGUAGAAACAAGCCGUUGUGAUAAAGCUGGGGAGGAGACUUUGAACAGUUAGUGUUCUACAAGAUACACAAAUAGAACAAGGAGUCCAGCAGGACCUGAGGAGAUUCAAAGGCUCUUCAAUUAUCUUUAGCUUUCUGCUCCUGGGUUUCAUUUUGCUCCAACAGCAGCUUGAAUGUUGAUAUUUUAACAAGGAAACCAUAAACUCUAUCACGUUACCUCUUAGUUAUGAAUGUUUGGGUCCAGAAGUUUUCAUCCGUUUGUGGUUUAAUGGUAUUAAAACCUGAAACUGAGGAGGUUAUUAACACAAAGAAAAUGUCUCAGGUUAGAAUACACAGAGGAGAUUAUCUGGUUAUAUUUAUAUCCAUCUGAAUGUAAUAUGCUCAGAUUUAGUUUAUGGGCUUUGAUGGGAUUCUGGUUUGCAUGAUCCUGUUGAGCUCAGCAGAUGUCACCUCAGGAAAUGUUAACCGCUCAGUCUAAUUACAUGGUAAAAUAAUCAGAUAUGAAACAGGGCAGCAGGUAGAAGGCACCUGGCGGCAGUUGUCAUGGUAACAGGCGUUAAUGAUGGAAGGGAAUUGGGUUGUGUAUUUUCUUAGUUUUCAACUGGUGAAGUUGUUUAUUACAGAGGAUAUCUAACUAUAAAGAGAACUCUGGCUGAGAUUUAGCCUUGAAGAGAUUUCCACACAUCAUUAAGUAAUUGGCUCUUUUCAAAGAGGAGGAAUCAGAAGCAGUAAUAAAUUUGAUCUGUUAUUAAUUAAAUAUUUUCAGAUUUCAAAGAUUUUCAGCAAUCAGGAUUUAAUUUGCUGCUCUUGUAAAAUGUAUACUCACGGCCUCUAACUGUAGAAUAUACCAGCUUACCUACAUGUCAGCAUCCGUAAAGCCUGAACACUGAAACCAGCUGAUAGAAUGACUCGGGUUUAGAUUAGGUUCUGUUAAACCUGAUCUCCACAACCAUCUGAUGGCAGCUUCAGACAUGUUUCUGGGAAGCUGCCUUUUUUCAACCUGAGAAAACAUUCUUGUGUUUAUUUAUAUUAUUAUUGUAGGACUGAUUUACUCCAGUGAAAAAAAUAUGUGUAUUAUUAAAUGAAAAAACUAUGUAGAUUAAACAACUGUGGAAACUGUUGAAAGAGAGCUUGCUUCUAAAGUUUUUAUAAAAUUGGGAAGGACUGCUAACAAGCUGACAUUGAGUCAAUCAAAGAUUAUGAGCAGCUUUUUUAGGAGAAUAUCAUGUUGGACGCCCUGCAUCUGCGGCUCCGCCUCUGCAGCUUCACAAAGGUCUGCAGCUCAACAUCCAUCUGUAGCGCCGCCUCCGUCUGCAGCCUCAUGGAGGUCUGCAGCUCGACAUCCAUC